UCCUAUCAUCAUCAUCUUCAGUAAUCUUUCUUGGUCUUAAAUUUAGGCUCCACCAUUCUAGGAUGUAACAUAUAGCUUGUGAGAAAAUAACUGAAUUUUCCGUGCUGGUUUCUCCCCACUGACACAAGUUGUAGUUUUUUAAAAUUAUAUUAUUUACCUAAAGGAUUUCAGAUUUUGAGUUCAUGAGAGCAAUGUAAAAGUGAAGUUCUGAACUGUUAACAAGUUUGGAAAACUUUGUGCAGUGCAGUGUGUUAAGAUGGAAGCUAUGUUCAUCUUCAGAAGCAGUCAUGGAAACCAGAAAUUGAAGAUUUGAAGUGAUUUCUUCUUAGAAAUCAGAAUACUAGAAAAUACUAGCACAGAAAUAAUGUGGGAUUUCCUCCUUUCUUUACAUGAGUUUUGUUUCAUUUAGGAGAAAAAAAUGCAAGUUCUGCAUAUUUCAUGCAGCAAUUUUUGAACUUGUCCUCGUAUUCUAGAUUCUGCAAGUUUAGACAAUCAGAAAUCCUGAGCCAAUCCAUGGCUUUUCAUUGGUUAUUUUAAUUUGUUGUGUCCUCAGGUUCUUAAAAUUUCAGCAUUAUUUAUAGAACCAAAUGAGGAAUUCCCUGGUUAUAGCCUUUUCCAUAACCAUAUGCUUCAUCGCUUUUGUGAUAUCGAAGAUUGUUAUCUCAGUCCUCCUCUACAAAAGAUGGAGAAGAAAACAUUUGAUUCAUGAAGAAGGUUAUCCAGGUAUGGAGGCAAAAGAUUAUCCAGGAGGGAAGAUAGUAAUAUUUAGGUCCUCAGUGCUUAAAUCUCUCACAACUGAUGUGAUCUUAAAGAAGACACAGAAACUGAACAGCAAGGACAUCAUUGGAUCAGGUGGUUAUGGUGUGGUUUAUGAACUAAAACUAGAUGACUCCACGGCCUUGGCAAUAAAAAGACUAAAUCGCGGAACUGCAGAGAGAGAUAAAGGUUUUGAGAGAGAGUUGGAAGCAAUGGCAGACAUAAAGCACCGCAACAUUGUGACACUUCAUGGAUAUUACACUGCACCACUCUACAAUCUUCUCAUAUAUGAGCUAAUGCCCCAUGGAAGUUUGGAUUCCUUUUUGCAUGGGAGAUCAAGGGAGAAGGUUUUGGAUUGGCCAACCAGAUAUAGAAUAGCUGCAGGUGCAGCUAGAGGAAUAUCAUAUCUUCACCAUGAUUGCAUCCCUCACAUUAUCCACAGAGACAUAAAGUCAAGUAACAUAUUGUUGGAUCAAAAUAUGGAUGCCCGAGUUUCUGAUUUUGGAUUAGCCACGUUGAUGCAACCAAAUAAAACUCAUGUCUCAACAAUUGUGGCUGGAACUUUUGGAUACUUGGCACCUGAAUAUUUUGAUACAGGAAGAGCAACACUGAAAGGGGAUGUUUACAGCUUUGGAGUUGUUUUGCUGGAGCUUUUAACUGGGAAAAAACCCAGUGAUGAAGCAUUUAUGGAAGAGGGGACUAUGCUUGUCACAUGGGUGAAGGCUGUUGUUCGAGACAAAAAGGAGGAGUUAGUUCUCGAUAAUAGCUUAGGGAAUUGUUCAAUGAAAGAGGUAAACAAGGUGUUCAACAUUGCAAUGAUGUGUCUUGAACCAGAUCCCUUGAAGAGGCCAACCAUGGCUGAAGUUGUCACUUUGCUUGAGCAAACAGAACCAGAUAAACUCAUUACUGCAUCAUGAUGUUCACAUCAAAACCAUCACUCUGAAGUUUCUGGAAAACCAUCCUACUAGAAGUGGGGAAGCUAGACUCCAAGUUAAAUGUAGUUUGGGAAUGCUGUGUUCAAGUGAGGGGGAAGGGGAAUCAAAGAUAUGAAAAACUACAAAAAUGUACAGCAAAAUAUUGAAUUUUGAAAUGAAAAGAAAAAUUGAGGGGGCCUUGAGAUAUAAAGUGACUCAGCCACUGCCUGGUGCCUAUCAGCUUCAACAAAUUUUCUGUAAUUAUACAGGGACCUAGACAUUUUAAUAUACAUGGUGACAUGAUUAAAUUCCAAUCCACCAAGUUGAAUGUGUCAGAACUAAGACGAAGUAGAAGAUGUAGCUUGGGUCAGAGAAGCACAUGUAUGAACUAACACUGAUAAAGUGUUUCCUUCAAUGUGAAAUCAGAUUUGAUCUAA